AUGGUUGUUCUCUCUGAACUCCUCUUAGAAGAAUCUUCAUCUUCUUCAUCAACUAGUGGUUAUAGUCCAUCAACUCAUGGUCAUAGUUCAUCAACGGAUGCUUAUAGAUAUGACGUUUUUUUAAGUUUUAGAGGUGUUGACACUCGUCAUAGUUUCACUAAUCACCUUCAUAAGGCUCUCAUUGAUGCCGACAUCAAUACCUUCUUGGAUGAUGAAGAAGAGAUUGAAACAGGUGAAGAUCUUAAACCGGAACUGGAGAGUGCAAUUAAGGCAUCUCGAGCUUCUAUUAUUGUGUUGUCCAAGAAUUACGCUUCUUCAACAUGGUGCCUAGAUGAAUUGGUGUUGAUCCUUGAACAGCGUAUCACAUCCAACCAUAUUGUUAUUCCGAUAUUUUAUCAUGUGAAGCCCACCCAUGUCAGAAAGCAACAAAGCAGCUUCGGAGAUGCAAUGGCUAAGCAUAAACAGACAAUGGAGGAAGAGACAAAUGCAUAUAAAAGAAGUCAAUGGGCUCAAAAGAUAGUCCGAUGGAAUAAAUCGCUUAUAGAAGUUUCUAAUUUAAAAGGAAAGGACGUAAAAGGAAGGCUAGAGACAAAGUUCAUUGAAGAAAUUGUGAACGAUAUCCACUGUAGAUUACAUGUACCCUUAAGGAUUGCUCAACCAUUACUUAUUGGGAUGGAAUAUCAUAUUCACUUUGUUACUUCAUGGUUGAAAGAUGGGUCCUCACAUACUGCAGACAUACUCACUACUUUGGGUAUGGGUGGGAUCGGGAAGACAUCUUUAGCCAAACAUGUCUAUGGGUUGUAUUCUCAUGAAUUCCACAUAAGUAGCUUUAUUGAAGAUAUCACAAGGAAAUGUGAUGGAAAGUUUAAUGGGUUACUUGAUUUACAAGAACAACUUUGCAAUGACAUUUCAAAAACAAGUUCAAUUAGAUUUCAUGAUGUGGGAAUAUACACCACAAAGAUAGAGAAUGCACUAGCCCGUAAAAGGGUUUUUCUAGUCCUUGAUGAUAUAACCACUAUUGAUCAGUUGGAUGCAUUACUUGGAAGCAAAGGUUUUCAUCCUGGAAGCAAAAUUAUAAUAACAACAAGGGACAGAUGGUUGACCGAGAGUUGUGCACUAUUCAAAACAAACAAUAAACCCAAGCAUGAAAGACAUUUGCUUCUUGGCUUAGAUGAGAUCCAAUCACUACAACUUUUGAGUUUUCAUGCAUUCAUGUGCAACUAUCCCAAGGAAGGUUAUGAAGAGGUGUCAUAUAAGCUUGUGAAAUAUUGUCAAGGAAAUCCAUUGGCUCUUGUAGUUUUGGGAAAGUCUCUAUGUAAUCGAGAUGUAGCUUACUGGGAAGGGUGCAUAGAAGGGUUAAAUAAAGAAACAAGUUCCCAUAUAAAUAAUGUCUUGAGAAUGAGCUUUGAUUCUUUGCCAUCCAACAAUGAUAAGGAAUUGUUUAAGCAUAUUGCUUGCUUUUUUGUUGGAAUAGAUAGAGAUGUUAGUGAAACAAUAUUAAAGGCAUGUGAUAUAAUCACAAGAUCUGGAAUCACGAAUCUCAUUGACAGAUAUCUUCUUAGUAUAGGAUCGAAUAAUGAAUUAAAGAUGCAUCAGUUGGUUCAAGAGAUGGGAAGAUUGGAAGUACAUCAAGAAUCACUUGACAAGCCAUGGAAGCGAAGUCGAAUAUGGUGUCAUAAGGAGUCAUUCAGAGUGUUGAAACAAAAAAAGGGUAAGGGAAACGUUUUAGGCCUUUCCCUUGACAUGCGCAUGCUUGAGAAAGAGAAGUCUGAAGCAUCAUUUGAGCUAAAAACAGAUGCAUUGAGUAACAUGGAUAGUCUAAUGCUACUACAAAUCAAUUAUGUGCACAUGGAGGGGUCUUACGAGAACUUUCCGGGUGAAUUAAGAGGCUUGCGUAUGCAUGGGUUCCGUUUAAAGUCUAUACCUUUAGACUUACCAAUGAUGAAUCUGGUUGCUCUUGACAUGUCAUAUAGCUAUAUUGAAUCAUUUGUUGGUUGUUAUAGUAAUAUACAACGACUUGAGAAGAGACAAAAGUUUGAUGCAUUGUACUUAAAAGACAAAAAGUUGUUUAGAUCAUUGAAGAUUCUUAAUUUAAGUUUCUGUAAACAACUUCGUAGUCUUGGUGACUUUGACCAACUCCCUGCACUCGAGAGGUUAAUAGUUAGAAAUUGUGUUGGUUUGGUUGAGGUUGGUGAAUCAAUUGAGCAAUGUAUUGAACUUGUCUUCAUUGAUAUGAGCUAUUGCAAGAAGCUUGAAAAACUUCCUAGAAACAUAGGCAUGUUGAAGAAUGUUAAAACACUGUUGCUCGAUGGUUGUAAGCUUAGCGAUUCUCAAAUCGAGGAUAUGGAUAUGGUCAUAAACAUAAGAACCUCCUCCUCCGUCUUUAUGGGUGCUAUACCAAGUGAUUUGAAGUUGUUUACAGUUUCUUUACCGAGGUCUUUAGUAAGGUUGUCAUUAGUAAAUAAUAAUUUGUCCACUGAAUGCUUUCCCAUGGACUUUAGUUGCCUAACCAUGUUAAAGGAAUUAUAUUUGGAUUACAAUCCUAUAAAUUCCAUGCCUAGUUGUAUGAGAACCCUUCCUAGGCUAGAGAUACUUAGUAUGGCGAAUUGUAAAAAAUUGAAGUUAGUUGAGCAUCCUCCACGUACACUAAGUAGGUUGUUGCUAUUUUCUCGUCAUGGGAGUUUUGUAAAGAAAGUUGUAUUUGAUCCAGAAAUGUCCCCACUAGAGUUAUCAUCAAACUGGUGGAUAGAUUUCACACCUGGGUCCUGUGAAAUUGAAGGAAUGAUCAAAAUCCAAGCAAUGGUGGGUGUUAAGGACAAGGUAUUACGUAGUUUGGGUUGGAUCAAUGUAGACUUCCUUAACAAAGGAUACGUGGGACCUAAUCCUUGGGAAUCUAAAAUCCAGUCAAUGUUUUAUGAAUUUGGAAUAUUCAGCACAAAGUAUGAAGCAGAGGAGAUUCCGAGUUGGUUUAAGUAUAGAAGCUUGGGGCCAUCAAUAUCAUUUACCAUCCCAUCAUCAUCUCCAAACAACCUUACUGGACUCAACUUCUGCUCUCUGCACACAUUGAAACCUCCCGAUGAGUGGUUAUUAUUUCCACAUGAUCAGUUUCCUAGUACACCAAUGACGACAAUUAGUAAUAUAACAAAGAACUGCACGUGGAUAUACGAACGUCACACGGAUAGAGUUAUUGAAUAUGGAAAGUGUUGGUUGGUGUUAAGUCAUUGGAUGUUUGGGAUGAAUGAAAUGGAGGUUGGUGACCAUGUUACUAUUACUGUUACAUCACCAUAUAAUGAAUUUGUAAAGGAUUGUGGGGUGAGUCUUGUGUAUGAUGAAGUAAAGAACAAGGAUGAAGAAGAAGAUGCAUUGGGUUAUUACAAGUCAUGGAAUCACAUAAUUGGUGGAGAUCUCUCUCCUUUUCAAACAACAACAGGACAAUACAUCCUAAACAACAUGCGGUUUUUUGAGUCUGCCAUUAUGUUGUUUCCGUAUCAUGCUAAAUUAAUUCCAGACGGCCCCAGAUAUCAAGGACAAAAGGAAGUGUCCUGGUUUAGAGCUUUUUCUCAAAGGAAUACUGGCAUAAUUGGGAGCACACGUGUGGGUAAAGGGAAAUCUUCAAGGUUUUAUCCUUCACGUGAAUCUACUUGAGAAAGAGAGGCUAGAUGUAACCGAACUACUCUAAAUCAAUCACUUGAAACUGGACGAGUUAUAUCCUAAUUUUCUAGAAGAAUUAAGAUUAUUUGCUCCUUGUAGCCUUUGGUGCCCAUUUAUGUUUUGGUUUUUGUAUUCUUUUUUUAGUCUUUAAUUGCAAAAGACAGGUGAAAACAAUAUGAAUGAUUUUUUAUUUCAGUUAAUACGCAUGUAAGGAAUAUGAUGUAAGUCGACAUGUUGUUUUGAUUACUUUAUAUAUUCUAUUCGAUAUUUUGUUGAUUUUGUUUAUGUUAUU